AGUUUCCUUUUCCUCACAAUAACAACAGCUGGUAACAGCUAAAGAUGGCCACCGCGACCGUAGCGGGGCUUGAUGCCCACAGGAUGGAGGAAAAGAAGUUCGAAUACUUUUCCUCCAUCAACUCCAUGGCAAAGAAGAUAAUGCAGGAGAGGGAGAAAAUCAAAGCCAAGCACGGUUCGUCUUGGGAGAAAAUGACGCCGCAAGAGCAGGACAGCGCCAUCGACAACUGGAUGAUGGAUCCCCAUAUCCGAGCCCGAUACGCUAUGCACAGAAUUGACCGUGAAGGAGCGGUUUGUUACCCCAAACUGCUCAUUCAAACCGGUCAGAAGAUAGUUCAUUUCGGAGAGGAGGAUAUUACCUGGCAAGAUGAGCAUUCUGCCCCCUUCUCAUGGGAAACCAAGAGUCAGUUGGACUUCAGCUUGACACCAAGCUCUGCAGACCAGGGGAUCUCUGCCUCACAGGCAGACUCAAAGUCCGCAAAGACUCCUCAUUCCAGCCAGCUUGGAACCAAGGUGUCUGUCAGUGAGGGACGGAGGACAGAGGAAGAGUCAUCUUUCUGGAAGAUCAGCGCUGAGAGGUCCAGGCUGGAGGGGGAGAAAGCUGACUUCCAGUCCCUGACCCCCAGCCAGAUCAAAUCCCUUGAGAAAGGAGAGAAAUCCCUCCCUUCCUAUCUCCGACAAGAGACCCCUGUCACCCCCAAAGAGCCUGAGUCAGCAGAGUCCCACGCUCCAGCUCCUACCAGGUCUACAAAGCAGAGAGCACCCAAGCCUCCUGCUCCCCAGCCCCCUGUCCCUACUGCUGUUAGUGCAACACCGGCAUCCAUCUCCAUCUCCCCAAACCCUGCCCCACCUGUCAGCGUGUCGUCGACAGUGGCAGGAUGGGAGCGAUCCCAGAGCACUCUGCCGUCGGUCAGCAACACCCUGGAUGAAGUGUUCUCCUCCAGCCUGAUGUCGAAGCCCUCCAAUGUCUCCACCAGCGUGGAGAAGGAGAAAGAGGAAGAAGGGCCAUCCAGCAUUGACACCAGCCCCACCUUUUCUCAGUUCAACACAAGCAGCAGUAUCCUGAAGACUGGAUUUGACUUCCUAGACAACUGGUAAACCACAGCCAAGACCAGUCACCGCUCUGAGUGAAUCAUCAUCAUCAUCACUCUAAGAAGGACCACACUGCCAUGACGACAGACAUCCACAUCUAGAUUUAAGAAAACACCAGUCUUUAAAAUGACCACAUUAUGUUCUUGUAAUCAUCUUCAGUGGCUUGUUAAGACAUUAUCUCACUGCCUGUGUGCUGGUAUUUUUCCCCCAGUAGAAGAGCUCCCUCUCCUCUCUGACAAGGGUUGAAUCUUCUUAGAUGUCUUGCCAAACACCCCCUGCCCACUAAAUGUAGAGCACGCAGGGAAUUAACCUCAUAGAAGGUACACACUGUUCCACACUGUGCAUUCACACUGCAAUCAACUUGAGUGUAUUAAUUGCUAUCUGGACUUUAUUCCGAUAUGAGACAUUUGAAGUGACACGUAUAAAUGGGGUCUAUGCUGCUGACUUGCUUUUCCAUUCUUAAAUUUUGCCUUUCAUAAUGGUACAGUGUUUUGUUAACAUUUCUUGCUAGCCAGCCACAAUAAUAAGAAAAUAAAAAUCAGGAAACUCUAAAUCACAUUACAAACAAAGUUAACCACCAAUCCCAGCUAUGUCUGCAGCUAUGUCUGCAAUUGUUCCCCAAGGAUAGCCGUGUCAUCUUUGUUACUCUGCAGCCUAAAUAAAGGUUAGAGUAGAAAUGGAAAGGCUUAAAUAGUUUAAACCACUAACCAGUUUUACACUUGCUAUUAAUAGCUAUGGUACAUGAAAACACAUUCUAACUGUCGGGGGAAUAAAAUAAUGUGGAAGUCUGGUGGCUUUUAUUGGCUAAUACCAGCUCAGCUGUGUCGACAUUUUUUCAUAUGCACAGAACUUUAACCACUGCACGCACUGGCCUCAGAUCCCUUGUAACUCUGGUAACCGGUUCAUCAUGUUGCUUGCUGUGUGAAUGCUCAGUAAUGGUGUGACUUUGCUGCCUUCUCUUAGUCUCUUGUAACUUUUAGAUCCUAACCUAGGAAGCAAGAACAAUUUAAUACCACAAGCAUGUCAGAUUUUCACCCGUGCAAACACUAAAACCCUCAGUCCAUUUUUAAGUUUUUAUUUUUUGUUAUGAAGAUUUUGCUCUCUGAUGUACUUUUAUUUAUGCCUAUAUAUUCCAGUAAAACUAAGAGUUUUAGAGUUAACGUAGUGCUCAGUGCUGCAGUCCUGACCCACACAGUGCAGUUACUACAGAUAAUGUUCCUGCUGGUUAUGGAAUGCCUGGAAUAUCAUGGAAGCUUGAAAGAGGUUGCUUGAAAGAUGGAGAACAUCUUGGAAUUUUACCAUUACAUCACUCUAUGGGAAUAUUGCAGAAUUAAUGUCAAGCUUUAGCACAUUCAUUGAAUUAGGUGGUGGUUUUCAUCCUAACUGAAGUGGAAACCAGACUGUGCUCUUUGACAUUAAGAGAAUAGAAACAGGAGGGAAGAACAGCCGUGGAAGUGUUCAAACUUAGUCAUGGAAAACCUGUGGACUGUGCGUCUGGGCUGCCGUGGGAACCUGUCACAGAUGUCCUGUAUGGAUUUAGCUCCUUGACAACGCUUCCUCACCACCUCACCCCUCCCAACUUUCACCCUUGACCUCAAAGUAGCGCUGAGCAAAGCUAAGACGCACUCAGAUGUUGUGUUUUAGGUAAACAGGCAGGCAUGUAGUGAUUUGUAACACUUGUGUCACAGAGUUUACAUGACUAGAGUACUAUUUUACUGAAUUUUAUAUUUAUCCGCUGAUUGUAUCUUCUGCUAUACAUGUAUAUUGUGCUCAUGCAUUUUGAGGUCACAGAUAUGAAGGAAGUAAAUAAAUGAAAGUCAAACCUG